ACCGGAAGUGGGGGAGGGAAAAUAAAAGCGGAGGCCGGUUUUCUCCCACCCGCUGUCUUUUUUUAUGGUAUUGUUGAGGAUCGGAGGGCUUUCGUGUGGUUUCCGUUUUCCUACGAUUCUGCUUUAGCUAAACCAGAGACAGCAAUGGUAUAAUUGCAGGAGGGCCCCGAGGAAGACGAAAAUGGGAUGGGGAGAGGAGAUUAGCCGGAAAAGAGCAGUUUUUGGGAUUUUCCUUUGUCUUUCUCCUGCUGCUGCAGCCCCGGAAAUCGGGUGAGGUCCGGAGGAAGGAGGAAUCCCCGCGAGCUCUAUCAGAUUAGCUCUUAGCUCUUCUUCUUCAUCGUUUCUAUUUCUGAGGGUUUGCAUCGGACAAACAUGGUGAGGGGAAGGACGGAGAUGAGGAGGAUAGAGAACCCGACGAGUCGGCAGGUUACGUUUUCGAAGAGAAGGAACGGGUUGCUGAAAAAGGCUUUUGAGUUAUCAGUGCUCUGCGAUGCUGAGGUUGGACUGAUCGUCUUUUCUCCUCGCGGGAAGCUCUACGAGUUCGCGAGUUCCAGCAUGCUGAAGACCAUUGAGCGUUACAAGAUGAAUAACAAAGAGGUGAUCGAUAAUAACAAAUCAAACGAGCAAAACAUUCAGCAGUGGAAGCAGGAUUCGGAGCUCAUGUCAAAGAAGAUUGAUGUACUCGAAGAUUCUAAACGGAAGCUGAUGGGUGAAAACCUUGAAUCCUGCUCUGUGGAGGAGCUGCAUGAGUUAGAGACUGAACUUGAGCAAAGCAUAAGCAAAGUUAGAUGGCGAAAGAACCAUUUGCUGGAAGAGCAGGUAGUGCAACUUAAAGAAAAGGAGAAGGUGCUAUUAGAAGAGAAUGCCUUGCUACAAAAGCAAGGACCUCACACAACCUUAUCUCUGUGGAAGGAGCCAUUGCAGGGCUUGAAUACUUCGAAGGAGAUGGUUCCCCAAUGUGAUAAGAACAUGGAUGUAGAGACUGAACUGUAUGUAGGAUGGCCUGGAGGUGGAGGAAGAACCCAACAGUUGUUGAAAGGAUGACCUUUCGACUUUUUUACAUCAUUAAAUUUUCGAACAAGCACCAUAAUUAUUAUGUACAAUAUUAUAUAAUAAUUUAAAAGUGCAUUUAUGUCAUUACAGAAGCGGCGAAUGCUUUUUUGCCCCCAAGUGAAAUGGAAAGUUGUUUGGUGAACUUUGGGCAGGAAUUUUAUUGCUUGUGUACGUCAUAAUGCUAAAUGUUCAUUUUCAUUACUUGCAAA